AUGAAAGGCUGCUAUGGCAAAUUGGCCUCUCAGGCAUGCCCCGGCAACAAGGGCAGCUUCUUUUUCACCAAGCUUUAUUCCGCUGAUCUCAUGGACAAUUAUGUGGUACUUGUUCUAAGUGAUGUUCAGGUGACCCAUCUUGUCUCUUUCUGCGCAGCUGAAAAGCAUGACUGUGGUCCAGCGACUCCCGACGAUGGCAAGUCGCAGCAAAUACAACUGCAGAACCCUUCCAUCUGUGACUUCAAUACUGAAAGAGUAUGUGAUUGGAAAGUACGCCGUGAGCUUCGUUUAAUCAAGCGACCAUUUCAGUGCCAUUUAUGCCCUCAGCGUUUCCCAUGGAAAUCUGCUCUCAACAAACACCUACGCACCCACACUGGUGAACGUCCAUUUCAAUGCUCUUUAUGCUUGCUACGCUUCUCGCAACAAUAUCACCUGAGGUCUCACCUACUCCUUCACACAGGUGAGCGACCUCAUAGCUGCAUUGUCUGUUCCAAGUCUUUUGGGAGGAAAAGUAACCUGAAAAGACACAUGAAAUCUCACCACGCUGAGGUAUCUGCAUUUGGUGUGUUGCAACACCACGGACCCGAGCACAUGUGGGUUGGACCCACCUGUCACAGCUCAGACAGGCAUGAUGUGUACGUUCUGUUGGGGCGCACAGCGAUUACCGAGUCCGACAAGCUGCAGCUGGGGCGCAUCCACUGCUGUCAUCUCUGCAGCUACAUGACUGAGAAGCUGUUUAAUCUUAAAGUGCAUUUCCGGACCCACACGGGCGAACGUCCCUUUAAGUGCCAUUUCUGCCCUCAAACGUUUUCACAAAGCCCCCAUCUCAAAUCACACCUGCGCUGUCACACGGGUGAGAGGCCAUAUCAGUGUAAAGUUUGCUCUCAGAAGUUCACGGCAAGGUACAACCUCAAGUCCCACAUGCGUCUCCACACUGGUGAACGGCCGUACCACUGCUCGGUCUGCUCCGAGUCCUUUGUGCAGCGUGGCCAGUGGAGCAAACAUAUGAGGAUGUACCAUAUUCAAAAUACCGCCCAGUGAAGCCUAUGAGUGAACUUGGCAGUGUCAGUAAUCGAGCAAGAAAUGUCUUGGUACCCUAUAACAGUGGAAUGUCACUCCACAACAAAGGAGUUAGCUACAUAAGGUUUUGUGUUUGACUUACCUGUUUCCUUAGACAGUGCCUUAAGGAACUUGAGUAAAGGCUGAAUUGCCUGAUGAGGCCCUCACCCCACUCGCUCCCACAGAUAUACAUACAUGACAUCUCUAGUCAGCUGCAUUGUAAUAUUAUGCAUGAAUUAUUGGAAAGUAAAUAGAUGUCACAGAUUUCUCAACAAAAGUUAGGGAUAUUUAUUUAUGUGCAUUAGUUUAUUCUUAUCUAGCAUAUCAGGCCGCUGUGAUAGCUCAGUGGUUAGAGCAUCAAACGCGUUAUUCUUAUCUAGCAUAUUUUCUUAUAGGCAAUGUCUAUAAAAAUAUGCAUUGUCACUAUGAAUUCGAGCUAUAACAUUGAAGUGACAAUUUAAACUUAGGUUUCAUAGAAAUAACCAAGGUAAAAUGCUCUGUGUGAUAUCAUAUAUACAUUUAUUUAUGAGCAUGCAGGUGUGUGUCUCUUUUUGGCAAUAUGCACGUUUGAACUAUUUGGUAUUUCAUGAUUCCUUGUUAGCACACACUAUUAAAAAAAGCUUUUUUAACAUGAGAGAUGUUUAUUAUUUAUGUUUCAAGGAUUCGAAGUGAAUAUGAGCGUGAUGCAUCUAUUUGUAAACGAAUGAGCUCUAAGAAUUAAAGAUGUGUUCGUUCAGAAUAUGUGCAGGCCCAUAUAUAUGAGCAUCACAUUAUAGCUAAGUUAUAUCUGACAUCUGCUACUUGUUUCUUUUAUGUUUUAUAGUAUGUAUCGUGUCUUGCUUUAAUUAUGUAUUUCAUAAGGGACACUGUUGUGUGCUUCUACAAUUCCUAGUCGUAGCUGUAUGUGAAACAGAGCAUCACAGAAAUUGUAUGCAUUGAUAUUAGUGGCCGUCCCCUACACUGUGGCAUAUUGUACACUGUAUUCUUCUCUGGCACCAUCUUUGUCUGUGGUUGUGUAGCCAUUGCAGACUCUUCGCUUCUUCGUUUGUAUAAUGUGGACACGUUCCACAUAUCAUUAAUUGUGUAUGUACUGUAACAUAUGCAUGGAACAGUUGCAAUAAUAAAAAAGAUUGUCUCAAAAA